AUGGCACCAAAUAGUUUUAUUAUUCCUGAUUUUUCUGAUCUUUUCCAAGAUUUACCUUCUAAACAACCAUCCAUAAUGUCACAGUCACAAGUUGAUAAGCCCGGUCCUAUAAUAGUGAGACCUUUACCUGAUAUUCAGACUUUCAUAGGUACUUAUUUUCAAUAUACAAUUCCCACAACUUCUUAUUACAUUGUGUUAUCCAAUGAUGGCGACACGAACAGAUUAGUCUUUUCCGCCAAUUUUGCUCCGUCCGAUACCGAAAAAUGGGUUAAAUUUGAUGACAAGUUACGAAAAUUAUCUGGAACUCCACCUAAAGAUGCUGCUCAAAACACUACUGUACAUUUACACAUCUCGGAUCCUGGGUACGAAAGCACAAAUACCACUAUGCACAUUCUUGUUUCAGACUGUGAGGGUGAGAUGUGUAUUAAUUACAUACCACCAAAAAUUUUAGCAAUAAUCAUUGUUUUAUCCGUCGUAUUUGGUAUCUGCGUUCUUUCUGUGCUUGGUUUUAUUCUUUUCAAGAAGUGGCAAAAAUGGGUUAAAAAAAUUGCUUCACGCAAUCAACCUAAUUUCCUUUCAACGGCUCCAAGACAUCAUGAACAAGAUCACCGCGGAAUUGUAGAAAUGUCUCAGUCUUAUCCAUUCAAUGAACCAAACGAAUCAAGAUGUAAAGUGUGUGAUAAUAUCCUAUCUGAAGAGUUAGACAAAGUACAACCAACCUUGUUCUCUGAUGGCACUGUGAAUCAAUUUCCAUUAAAUAAUAACAAUUCUGGUUCUCUCAAUUUAAAAAAC